ACCAUACGGUUUCAGGUGCCCGCUUCCGAGUUCACCCGAGAGUGGUAAGCACUGCGCGUGCCCGAGCUAGGAGAGCCAAGGGUGUGGAACCGCGGCACGCGCAGAGAAGGGGAGCCGGGCAGGAUCAAUAGCAGGAAUGGAAUAGUGCUAAGCUCAAGUGUGGAAGUGUAUAGUAAACAGAUCCAUAGGUAAAUUACUUCUGUGCUUGAGUGCUAUGCUUCUUUGUGGCAGUUGCUAUUGCUUCCAGUUCUGCAAAAGUCCACUACUCAAGGUCCCUUGAGUGAAUUAGUAAUCGGGAGGCAUCAUGGCAAUAUUUAUGAAUAGCAGAAAAGCAAGAAUAUAUGGCAGAACUGCCAUACAUAAACAUUUUGAUGAAAACCAUGGAAAGUAUCCUAGUGCAGCCUAGUAGUUUUACUCAGUGAUUGGAUUCAAGAUUUAGAUCUCAUGAGGUGUAAUGGUACCAUAUCCUCAGUGUGGUAUGGCAUGCAAUAUCGCCAUUCGUUUAUACCGAGGAGCCAAAGAAUGAAUUUACAUGUACUGAGGACUUACUGCUCACCAGUACCUAAGAGGCCUGAGACUAAGACUGCAGUGGAAAUGGCCAUGACACUUUUUCAUCGGAUGACAGAAGUAGGGAAAGUUUUGGGAAGAAACUCGCUCAAAAGAAUCUCUACAACAGUCAAAAGUUGGUGGGAUAGAUAUGAAGAGUUUGUUGGUCUUAAUGAAGUUCGAGAUGCUCAAGGAAAAGUGACAGAGGCUGAAAAAGUGUUUAUGGUAGCUCGAGGGAUCGUACGAGAAGCUCGUGAGAGCAUAGAAGCCCAUCAAAUCAAACUGAAGGAAGUUCGCGAUCGUUUGGAUCGAGUAUCUCGGGAAGACACCCAGUACUUAGAACUGGCUACCCUGGAACACAGAUUGCUGCAGGAAGAGAAGAGGUACCGAACUGCCUAUUUAAGUGCAGAGGAAUCUGAGCGGGAAAAAUUCUCUCUCUUCUCUGCAGCUGUGAGGGAAAGCCAUGAAAAAGAGAGAACAAGAGCAGAAAAAACGAAGAACUGGUCCAUUAUUGGUUCUGUACUAGGAGCUAUUAUCGGUGUCUUUGGUUCCACGUAUAUCAACCGAGUAAGGCUGCAAGAAUUAAAAGCCUUAGUUCUCGAAGCACAGAAGGGACCAAUAAGCUUACAGGAGGCCAUCAAAGAACAGGCGUCCAGCCACUACAUACAACAGAAGGAUCUCAGUGACCUCAUUGACACCCUGAGAAACAUGCUGGAAGCUGGGACUGGGACAGAAGGCAUGAGUGCAUCAUUAAAAAUAGACCCUCUUUUAGUUUCUUUAAAAGAACAUCUAAACUACUCAAAACAAGUCAGUUCCUGCAUGGGGAGUUUACAACAGCAGCUUAGCACCCUGGAAGAAAAUUUAGGACAAAUGACUGCUGAGGUACAAAAUGUUAAACAUGCAGUUCAUUCUAGACCUGUGGAAAGAGUGGUCCUUGGCUCUUCAGCUGAGGUAAAGGGCCAGGCCUUAGCCAUGCAGGAUGUGAUUCUAGAAUUGUGUGGUGCAGAGCGGAGACUGGAAACACAAAUCAAGAGAAAUUCAAUCUUCAGCACUGCACUAACCUGCACUGUGUUUGCUGUUACUCUUCCUGUGCUAUACCUUUUAUUGAAAGGAAAUUAGUUUCCAAUGGAGAGAAACAUAAUUUACUAGGUUAAUAAAAUUACAUUUGCACCCUAAACACUGGGAGUUAGUGCUAGACAAAAAUCUGUAUUAACAGUUUCUAAUCUUGCUUUCUCCAUAAUUCAUAGAAAUGGAAAAUACAUUUGAACAUUUAGUCCUUCCCCCCGGGCAGGCUUACUUUUUGCAGUAUUUUUUUUUCCCUCUAGUGAUUUGUACAGUCGAGUUUAAAUGUCUCAAGCAAUGACAGUUCCACAACUUCAUUUUGGUAGAUUCUUCUGCCAUAGUCUUUUCUAGUUUAUUCUGCAAUCCUGUAGAGCUUACUCUGAGAGACUGUUCCUCAUGUUCAAAUUAUUAUUAUUAUUAUUUUUUACUUUUAAUUAUUUGUGUUUAUACCCUUUGGCUUCCACAUAUAAUUCUCCCCCAUUCAAGCUUAUUACGUAUCCUAUUGAUUUUUCAAUUUGUCCAUACCCAAAACUCUGCUGGGCAAUUUACCAAACAAAUAAAAAUGUCUACCAUGAAGAUUUUUAUCUAAAUUUUAAAUAGGGUACAGUGAGUGGAAUGACAAACAAUAGGGAUGGGAUGUCCAAGGAAGGAUGAAGGUUACAGCAAUAUGAUCUUGUGAUUACCCAUUCAAGGUGUGUGUACAGCUUGAGGGUGCAAUUAAAAUAUUUUUGGUAACUUA